AUGACAUAUACUAUUCGAAAACAAGCAACAUAUAUGGCUAGCAAAGUUCACUCGUCGUUUUUGGCAUUACCUGUCGAGAUUGUCUAUCGUAUUCUAGACAAUCUCGAACCAAAAACAAUUUUACUUUCACUUCGGAAUGUGUGUGAACGGUUAAAUAAGAUUAUUGAUACAUAUCCUCGAUAUCAGCUAUUGAUUUUGGAAUAA